AUAUACAGUUAACCGGGGACAAAAGAAAGCUUGCUGAAUGGACAUAUACGUAUGCACCUGUGAAUGUUAGACACAAUUGGACUUUACAAUACAUUGCAUUGACGCAGUGAUAUCUAAUAUUUUUUAAAAAUUUGAAUUUUAAUUCCGUGGAGAAACCAGUGUUAAAUAAUGGACCCUUAUAUGAAUGGUGGCUUGGUGCUGGCGGUUUUAGCGGAAGUUCUGGCGAUCCUUAGCACGGCUCUACCCUACUGGUACCAGAUAUCCGUGGUAGAUGAAGGGGUGGCUAGCGCAGGUCUGUUUGAGGUCUGCGGUACAAAGCCGGGUAUAGGAUCCAUCUGUGUGGAGUACGGCGGACAGACUGCAUUCGGGCGGCAGGGAGCUGAGAUGCCUGAUUGGUUGAAAGCUGCCCAAGCCAUGAUGAUUCUGUCGGUGAUUGCCCAUGCCGGCGGCAUUGUCCUGGCCGGCAUGUACGCCAUCAAAGUCCGUGACUGGCUCACUUUAAUUGCAGCGUCCUCCGCCGCGACUACGGCUGGGGUGUUAUUUGGGUUGAUUGGUACAGCAGUUGCUGGAGCAAAGUUCAGCGCAUUGAUAUCCCCGGAAAUCCGUGCGUUGGCAGUCGGCAGCCUACACGCCGCCUUUGGUCUUGGAGUCCUCGCCGUCAUCAUCGGCUCAGCUGCCGCAAUCGUCCUUGGAGUCGCGUGGAGGCGCCGUGUUUUCUGAAAUCACGUGUAGAUGUGUUCCGAUCAAUUUAGAAUGUUUCAAGCCGUAUUUGUUAGGUUGUCGGAAUUACACAUGUCAUUCCAAAGAAAUAACAGUUCAAGUUAUUCAAUUUAUAAAGAAAAUGAUGUCUUAUUUCUUGUAUUCUAUUUGAUUGUAAAUUAAUUUUAUCUAUUAUCUAACAUUGUACAUAGUAUUUCCAUUUUUAUACGUAUUUGAUAUUUUUCCAAAGUUUCCAAAAUAUAACACUCCAACAUUAGAUACACUACAACCAUCAAUAUGAAUGUAUUACUACUCAUGUCAGAAGAAAAAAAGUUUCGUACAAUUUCACAGUUUUAAUGUUAAGUUAUUCUAUCGAUGAUUACUCUAUUGAGGCGAAUGUUUUUAAUUAUAUA